GUCGCAGUCGCGGUCUCGGGUCGGGGCUCGGGUCGCAUGUGAGUGAUGUAAGGACGCACGGACGCACCCAAAAUUGCAGAACGCACUUGCGAAUUCCGGGCAGCACUUGGUGGAUCUGAGCCGCGCCCCAACGACACCACCACCACGCACGACGACCCGAGAGCAGACCCCGCUCUCCCUCACACACACACACACACAUAGCGCGCGGACACGACUGCGCGUUGACGGCACCGCAAUCAUGGGUACGCCCCCCCGCGGGCCGCGCAGGCUGGGCGGCGGCUUUUUUGCCCCGCUCGGUGCGGCCCCAACGUGGAGGCAGCACGGCUGACGGACGGUGCAGCGCCCAAGAACAAGAAGGCGGAGAAGAUGUCGCUGGGAGACUUCCUCGGCGACCAGUCUCUAGGCUCGUGGGCCGACGAGAUGGAGGACGCGCCCAUGCCCCGCGCAGGUGGCUUUGGCGGCGCCAGCUACGGCGGCGACCGGCCCUCAUACGGCGGUGGCAGCGGCUUCAGUGCCCGCACCGACAGCUUUGCCGAGCGCGGCUUCGCGACCCGCGAGGAGCUGCCCCUCCCCUCCAAGCCCCCGUACACGGCCCAUCUGGGCAACCUGUCCUUCGACGCCACUGAGGGCGACGUCAACGACUUCUUCGGCGACUGCGAGGUCACCAACGUGCGCAUCGUCGAGGACAAGCUCGACCGCAAGCCCAAGGGCUUCGGCUACGUCGAGUUCGGCUCGCUCGACGGCCUGAAGAAGGCGCUCGACCUGUCCGGCUCGCAGUUCCAGGGCCGCAAUGUGCGCGUCAGCGUCGCCGAGCCCCCCAAGGACCGCCCCGAGGCACGCGACAUUUCCGACUGGUCUCGCAAGGGGCCCCUCCCCGACCUGCCCGGCCAGCGCUCCGGCCCUGCCCGUGGCUUCGGCGGCGGCCGCAACUUCGACGCCGCCUCGGACGCCGGCAGUGACCGUGGCGAGCGCAGACGCCCGGCCUUCGAGGGCGACGGCAAGCCGCGCGACUUCGGCAACUGGGAGCGCCGCGGCCCCCUCUCGCCCUCUGCAGAGGGUCCCCGCGAGGGCGGCAGGCGCUUCGACGGCCCCCGCGAGCCCCGUGAAGGCGGAUUCCGCGAGAGGCAGUCGCCCGCCUGGGGCGAGGGCCGUCCCGAGGGCGAGCGUGCCCCCCGCCGCGAGUUCCAGCCCGCCGAAGGCAGGCCACAGGUCGAGAGGCAGCCCACUGCCGCAGACCAGGACAGCCAGUGGAGGUCGAAGAUGCGCCCCGACGCUGCGUCUCCCACCGGCACCCCUGACGCCAGCACGCCCUCGUCGCCCGCGCCUCUGCCCAGCCGCCCUAGGCUGAACCUCGCAAAGCGCACCGUGUCUGAGGCCCCUACCGCCUCGGCCGCAACUCCCUCGGACAAGCCGAACCCCUUCGGUGCUGCCCGUCCUAUCGACACAGCUGCCCGCGACAAGGAGGUCGAGGAGAGGCAGAAGCAGGCCGCACAGCAGAAGAAGGAGGCAGACGACAAGGCCCGCGAGGAGAAGAAGGCCAAGGAGGUUGCCGCCAAGGAGACCGCUGCUGCGAAGCCGGCCGAAGAGUCCACUGGCGACAAUGUUCCUAAGGCAGUCGACAACCCCGAGGCCAAGAUUGAGGACGAGUCUGCCAACGGUGAGAUCGUCGGCGACAAGGCCGUCAAGCCCGAGGAGCCGGUUGUGGCCCCCAAGGACGGUGGAUCGUGGAGGCGCAAGUCCAGCACGCCCGCGGCCCCUGCGUCCACAACUGAGGCCGUGGAAGAGGAUGGCUGGAGCACCGUCACCAAGGCGCCCAAGACCACCCGCAACAACCGUCGCGGCGGCGCUCCUGCCCGUGCCAUUGCCUCGUAAGCCAUCAUCUGCAGGCAUGUGGUGACUGGUGGUUGUUCCUAUUGCGUUCUCCAAAUAGCGACGUCGCGCAUUUCACCGGCGUGGCGG